GACACAUCAUUACGGGAUUUCGCUGGUGGUUUCUAUUCUGGAGAGUGGGGUUACCUGGUGGGCUUUCAGGACAAUGCCAAUGCCGAGAGCAGCAAGGUGGUCCGCUUCAAGCUGGCAGCCUUCUCAACAGCAGAUGUGGAAAUUCUUCACCUGGUUACUCCCCUGCCGGGCUUCAGCGGCGGAUUUCAGGAUGGCCUAUAUGGCUAUGUCAUGAGCAAGGAGGGCACUGACUUCACCCGCUUCCGGCUGGACACUUUCGGUGAUGAGCAGGGGAUGAGUCUGCCGCUCGUAUGA